AAAUCUCAUAGCGGUUCUCGAUCCAAAUCAUCUCGAAAAGGAUUCUUUCGCAAUUUUCUCCAAAAUCAUGGACAAGAUCGCAUCCUUCUACCGUAUCACAGAUCUGGUUCCCACGGCUACCGGGUACUUCCCAGUGGUUACCCCCGCCUCUCCUUCAUCCAGCCCCGAUCCGGCUUCGAGCGUUUCCAAACGGAAACCGGAAAUCGAAGUGGUCGAAAAGCUUAACUACAUAAAGGACCGAAUUCUUGUCAAGGAGGAUCUGCAUCUUCACAAUCACCUACUGAAACUGGACAUUCCAUUGGCGCUUUUCGGCAUCCGGUGGCUCCGGUUGCUGUUCGGAAGGGAAUUCGCACUGCAGGAUCUGCUACUGCUGUGGGACGCCAUCUUUGGUGAUAGCGAAGAACUUAGCCUGAUCAAUUUUAUCGUCGUUGCAAUGUUAAUUAGGAUAAGAGAUAAAUUGAUCUACAGUGAUUAUACGACUUGCCUGACGUACUUAAUGCGCUAUCCGACGAAUGCCGAUGUAUCCCUGAUCAUUCGUCAUGCCUUGCACAUGAAGUCACCCAAGAUCUACGAGCGUCCACCUGGGGCGAUGAUCUACGUUUCUUCGCCGAAGAAACCUCUACAGCAACCUGUGAUGCGUUCCAAGAACAUUGAAAUGGAUUAUCUAAAAUACUCGACGUUGCCAACUGUGCCGAAACGGCAUGUGGCGUCGUCGUCUGAACAAUCUCUCGGUCGGACAAGCGAACGGAUACGCACGUCGUCCCUACCUCGUAACGCUGGAUCCAGCUCAGGGAGGAAUUCAACAGCAUUUGAGUUGAGAGAAAAGGCCGCUAUGGCAGCCAAAAAGGCGGCUGCCGCGUCCAAUCAGGCAGAUGUUCUCAAAGAUUCCAACGUUAGCGACGGAUAUUUAGAAGAUGACCCAGAACUUUUAAAAAUUGAACUUCAAGAAGCCUAUAACAUCAUGUCCGUAAGCCGGACGAAACUUUUGCAAUACCUCCAGGUUCUUCGGCGUCACACUCAGCCGGGGAAUCCGACGGGCCGAGUUCAGCAAUCUCUCGAAGGCAUAGAAGAGAUAUGUUCUCUCCUAAAACCUCGCUACGACACAGUAUUUCGAGCACCAGUUCCAAUUGACGCUGCAACGGAGGCCAAUGAAGACCAUUCCCACGCGAGUCGUUCUGCGAUGGCAACUUCAGCCGUCCAACGGCUACAGACCCCGCCCACCAGCCUUAACCUGCAACGGUCGUACAACUACGACCUGGACUGUAGGCGAAACAGUGCAGCUAGCGUGUCGCAGUACGAGAUACCGGAGGACCGUUACAGUGGGAUCGCCACGAAAAAGCUUGCCAACCGGAAGGAGGUCGAAAUGCACGUUUUCGAGCAGGAUUUUACCGAUCGCACCCGGCGGAUAGACGACAAGGAGUUCCCCUCCGCUAAUCCCCUCAGGACCGGACGUCGCAGCUCCGAAUGACGAUAGCUGGGAUGAUCUAGCAUUACUUGCAGGGGCCUACACACGAGUAUUACACACGUUGGUUAACAUAUACCUAACACUACGUCGACAUCGCAACUAGCUAGCAGCAGAGGGAGAUAGUCCUUCGAGACGAAUACAAUAAUUUAUACACAUUGUGAGUAGCGGCACGGCCUAUAUACCUACUAUCGAUUAUUUCCUGUUAAGUCGCGCGGACAAGUUUCUUAUCUUUGAACAAAUAAAUGCAGUUAAUGGCUUA